AUGCGGAAAGCUUUAUCAUUGAUUGUAAAAAAUCAUCAAUCUCAGAUUCCACCUGAUGAGGUGGAGGUCAGGGCUUUCGUUGAAGGGUUAGAAAAUGCGGAUUCAUGGACUGAUGUGAAAUUACCACCUGAAGUCGAGGGUUGUCUUGCCUUUUUGUGUUCCCGUCAGGCGAUUAAUGACCCUAGCUUCGAAAAUCACUCCACACUGAAGCCAUCCAUCACCUGGUUGGUCAAAGCGUCCUUAUUUGAGAUUUCGCGCAGUGGCGUUGAUUCAUCGGCUGAUCCGUUUUACGGUCUUCGGGUUCUUCUGUCGGGAAUCUCCAUACCUCAAAGGCUGUGCGAAUCCGAAAUCCAAAAACUACUGGCUAACAGUGGAGAAACGGAUACAUCUAUUACAUCAACUUCAACCCCAUCGGAAUCAUCCAAAAAGAAGGUGAAAAAGGCUCAGAUCGCUAAAGAACUGUGGGAUGAUGUGUCUUCUGCAGUAUCUGAGUUAAACGGUGAUCAUGUCUUGCGUAUCUCGAAUACCUACUCCUCGAUUGCUCGUGCAGUGUUUUGGAAAGAACGCGGAAAUGAGGUUCUGCUAAACUGUCUGCAGAUUUACCUAAAGAUUCUUCAAAAUUCUCCUAAGGUGGAUCUAAAGUCUAUUGCAAAAAAGGUGUUUUUGCUCUGUCAAAUUCUACAUGGAGCUCUUUCUGAUCCUGCUAAUCCAACCUGCACCCUCUCCUCAAUGCCGUCUAUGUUCGUUAACAACUGGAUCAAAUCUGUCUUCAAAACCAUGAUAGCUCUCGUGCAAACCCUUGUACCAGCCCUCUUUACUCGGAAUGCCGAAUGCGUUGGAGCCGAUUUUAUUGCCACUGAUGUCUUUGACACUAUGGUAUUUCAUUCCCUCAUUAAGUUGCUAAAUAUGGACAAGCGCCAAGUGGAGUGCUCUGAACUUGACGCUGCGCACCUUUGGUUUAAUCUUUGUCUCAUCUCUAACUACUGUCUGCCGCCGCCCAACGCGUCAUCCGACGCACCGCUUAAGCUACUCUCUCCCACCUCCACCAGCUUUACAAAAUUUACCACAUUUGCGCUGGAGAGACUCCGUGGUGAGCUGCAAAACUCCUUUGGCUCUACUUCCUCCGUUCUUGUCAACCGGCUACUCUGGAGUCGAGAGGGUGAAGGCUGGGCGCCGAUGGAAGUCGAUGCCCCUGUCAACAGUUCCUCGGAGUGGGCAAGAACACUGUCCUCAGUUGACGCCUACGAACGGUUUGUUUUAGAAGCAGACUUUCGUCUAUCACUUGUGCUUUCCGGCCCUCUCGAUGUCUUUCUCCUUGACUUGGCGUCUGCCUUCUUUGCUGCUACGAAAACUGUCAAAUCGGAAUCUACUGAUGAGAACGCAAUCCUAACCCUCUCUAGCCUUUUUCAACUGCGUGAGAUGCACAACACCCUUACCGCAGCCUCCGACAAGGACGCCUUCAUUCGAAGCCUUGUUUACCUCAUCUCCCUGCACCCAGAGCCUCUGGGUCGCUGUCUCACGGCUCUCUUCUGCGUCCUCGCCCCCACCCCAAUUACUCCUGCUACCCUCUCCUGCCUCCAUCUUCUCCCCCCAGACCCCCAGCUCUCCCUAGACCCACAACCCCCCGUGACCUUCCGUCUCCUCGCCACCUACCUCCUCGAUGCCUCCUGCUCCCAACCCAAUGUGAUUGAGACCUACUGCACUGCCGCGGUCAGCAGCCCCUUCACUGACCUCCCUCCACACAUGGCUCAACUCAUUUCCCUCCUUUCUGCUGCCUUCUCCAGUCAUGCCUCCAAAAAGACUCUUCUCUCUGCAAUCGUCGACACUCUCAUUGACCCAGCAGGUGUUGAGGUGCUCCGUUCCCUCCGUCUCGUAGUUCUGUUGCGCUACCAACUGCAUUACAUCUUCGAUCCGCCGCGUCAUCUCAAUGCCCAAGUUCGACCCGCCAUCCUGGGUACGGGGAAGAAGGUUGUUUGGGAGUUUACUAAUCUAGUGGGUCGAGGACCCUCCGAAGGCUACUUCUAUGACCUUCUCCAUGGAAAGAGUAAAACCAGUUCCACCAUUCCUACGAUGUGUCCUGCCCCGCCGCAAGACGGCUUGGCCAUCAUGACACUGGUUGCGCGGUCUGACUAUGAUAGGGUUUUUACUCGCAUGCUACUUCUCUUUGAUUCGUGGUGGCAGUCGACUCCUCUGUACGCUGCCUACGGGGCGCAGUUGAGUUGGCGCCUAUUAGAAAUCCUUCCGCCCUCCGCGGGCUUUGUGGAAGAGAUCUCUUCUGUUGUGAAUGGAGCCGAGUUGGAGGAAGAUAGUGCACAUCACCGCAUCAUCUACCUCCUUGUUCUCUUUGAUCGGCUGCGCCGUUUGCCCACUUCUAUUUCUUCCUCGUCUUUAACGUCUGAAAAUGCGGAGAAGGAGGCUAAGCGGAGCAGGCAUCGCAUUGAGGCCAUUGCUAAUGAAACCUUCAAAGCACAGUCCUCGCGCCGCAUAAAGCCAACGAAACCUGCCUUCUCCAGCGUGGAAGGUUAUGAGGUCUUCUUCUCUGUCCUACGCAGUUAUAAGACCCACCUGCCAGUCCUACUCACGGAGGCGCUGAAUCAGCUACAGAGUCUGCAGAAGAGUCUGGAAGACGGGAUACAUCUAACCGAGUCUCAUUUGGUGUUUUGGCGCGUCGUUGUCCACGCACUGCGAACUCUUUUCUCACGGAUUCAGGCUGGUGGAAAAUUGCACACGCCGGGAGAAACGGAACCGCCCCCACUAAUGACGGGAGCAGCAACUGCGACGAAGAAAGGAGGCAGCGAACCACUGAAGGUUUGCUCCACGGGCACACAGAGCGCUGGUUCUGUCGGCGCCUCUGCGGAGGUGGCAGACAUCACGGGUCAGGCGAGCAAGAAACCUGGACUUAAUCCGGAGUUGUCCUAUUUCUUCGAUUCCUUCCUUCAAAACGCCGUGACCAUGAUGGAGUACCUCUUGCAACAGCUUAGAGCGGAACUCGGCUUUUCCUCUGGCGGAGUGGUGGAAUGCCUCUGUCCUGACCGUCUCGUUGCCAGUGGCAUCGAAAACUCUUUCCUCUUAGACAAAAUAUCGGAAACAGACACCCUUUCACAGGUCGCUUUCAACCGCCUUACCAACGCUUCCGUGGAAAGCGCCUCCACUCCCCGAUCGAUCUUAAUUGGCUGUUUGCUCAAAGAGACCGCACUGUUUGCAGAAGCUAUAGUUCAGAUCCCUCGAGGUUCUGUGGCCUCUGUGUUUCGCUCAAUCUCCGUGGAGGAGAAGAAGACGACUCUGACUAAUCUCUCACGCCUACAACUUAAUCCUCUCGUAUUUAGUCUUGGCAUUGAUCUCUCCGGUGUACAGCAUUACUAUGCCGCCUAUAUCAAGAAUGUACGCACUGAGAUGGUGCUAACACGUACAACGGAAGACUUAGUUCUCGAUACACUCGUUUUUGGCGCGGUGAAUGUUACCUCAAAACACUUGCGGGCAGAGAUCUUCGCCUAUCUGGAAGCAGCCACUGGUCUUCCUCGUGUACUCAGACGCUUUGCCAGUGGUGAUCUGCCUCUUUUUAAAGGCCUCUACUCCAAUCCCGUUUUGGUUGAGUACCUACGUCUCUUCUGCUUGUUUCUCCUUAGAGCCACCAAUCCCCCUUCCAGCGUCGAGCUGUAUACCACUGCGGCGAAACAAGCCCUUCAAAUAGCACUGGACGAUAAAGUGAUUGCCAAUGCAGUCUCCUCUGUGCUUGAUAACAGGGAGGGUACCCUAUCCCAGCGCUACUGCAUCUUUGUGGAGCGCAUGCUUCGCCUCAUUGCUGCACCUUGGGCGGGUGCGGACGAAACUAAAGAGCUGUGUCUGGAGAUCCUACUAUGGGCUAUAAAGCCGUACGAGUGUGAAUGUCCAAUCAGGGGUUAUUUCAUCGUUUCUGGCAUGCGUUGUCUCCUUUUAACUGCAUGGAACGCGUCGGCCUCGGCUCAUCUCCGUUUCGCCGAGAUUUUGGCCUGCUGGGCCGAACGGGGGCAGACCCGUUUGGCGGUAGAGGAAUGCGUUGAAACAAAAAAAAGUCUCCUCCUCACCCUUUGCGCCAUCUACGAUUACUUCGGCCUCCUCCUACGCGCCUUUGCAUCCUCCGCACCAGUUGAUAGCGACAGCCUGGCGCUUCCAGAUUCUCACUACACUGAGAAUCGAAAUCGCGCUGCAGUUCGUGGUUUCCAGAACUUAGAUUUGGCAAAAUUCUUUGGCUUUUUCACUCAUCUCUCUACUGAUGAUGAUGGUUGCUACCACAUGCUUCUUGGGAGUGGGUGGAACUCGGCUCUAGACAACUGUCUCCUCCAUGCGCUCUGUGGACCAGCAGUAGGUAGAAACACCGUGGUUCCUCGCCUCCUUUCUACUCUUCCUUUCCACCUGUCCGCCUCCCCCCCCUUGGAACGGGCCUGCGAGGAGGUCUGCACUUUCGCCUCCACCCAACACCACUAUAUCCGUCAGCCAUGGUAUGGAUGUAACACCUGUGGGAUUGUUACCAAUCGCGGGUCCUGCCACCUCUGUGCGAGGGUAUGCCACCGUGGACACGAUCUGGUGUAUCAGAACACCAGCGAGUUUUUCUGUGACUGCGCAACUGAGAUGGGACAGGUGGGGAAGUGUCACUCGAUGAUGAGGAGAGUGGCGGGUGGUGGUGAUGGGCUGCUUGAGAAUCUCUUGCCUUGGACGAAUGUCACCUGCUUCCAGCCAUCUGUCUACGACAAAGCCUGUGACCUGAUUGCUAAAGCCGCGUACCGCCUCCCCUCCGCCAGUGUUGAGGCCACCUCAGCCGCCACGCCUCUUAAUCCUCUCUCUACCAUCGCCUCGGCGACAAAUACCAGCAACACGGCUACUCCCAUGGUCUCUGCCUGCUCCUCCUCCGUCACCCCCGCUACUACCACCGCCACUGCUGCUCCCGCUCUGCCCCCUCGCAACAGCGAAUGGAUAACCGCCGAGUCGGGCUCUAGCGAUGCCAACAUCAUCCAUCGGAUCCGUCGCGCAGGUGCUCUCCGCCGACGUCCGGGCCUAGUUGCCUCCAAGUCCACCUCUCGUGAAGGUGGUGGUGGUGGUGGUGCCCCCGUUAGUGCUGCCUCCACCGUUUCUCAGCCUCCAAUCGAUCUUGUUCCUUGCCUCUCGGUCAUUUAUGGUCUCGGUGGUGAAGAGGGAUGGAGGAAGAAGUUCAAUCUUUGGGCUUUGGAUUCCGCGGCCCCUAGACGACGAGCUGUUGAAAACUUCCAACGCAAAUUCGGGCACAGGCCGCAGCCUUUCUUUGAACCCAUCGUCAAACGUCUUCGCAGUCAGUUGAACAAAUAUGAACGGGGACAUAUUUUAAACAUAAUAAGGUCGCCAGCGAUCUUUCGAGGGGCCUGUAACCUCCUGAGGGAGGAACUCACCCCCUUGCUACACUCUGCAAUAGCAUCUUUUGCAGAUGUUUUCAAGCGCGUAGCAGAACCGGAAAACCUACGCUUCUCCGCCAUUCAACAUCUCACUUCGGCCAAUCGUAAAUCUCCUCACCGAGUUAUCAUCUCUUUGCGUCUCGUGACCCCUCUGCUAUUCUUUGAUACGGAGUCCACGGCCGCGGCAAACGAGGUCUUCCAACUGCUUUUGCCGUUACCUGCGUCACCUAUACCAUCACCAUCCGUCACCUCGGUCGUGACACCAAACCUCCUCUCAUCCGUGUUCCCUGCUCUCGACUCCACUAUCACCGGUGGUCGCCAGCGUAGAACCGCCACUGACCUUAACUCCCUGCACCAUUGGAUCGCUGAUGUCUUUGCGCCUCGGCGUAGCCACCACUUGUUCGAUAGUUCUGCUGCCCCCUCAUCAUCAAUGCCGCCAGGGUCAAAUGCCAUUGAAGGGCGAACUGAUAACGCCAGCGCUAACGAUGCCAUCGCAACUCUCGCCCGAGUUCCCUCAGUGUGUGGGUGGCGACACUACCUUCUCAUCGCAAUGGCACUGCCCUUGCCCUCCCCCGCGUCCCGGUCUCGUGAGGAGGGCUCAGUGAGCGUCUUCCAAGUGGAUGACCUCUUUACUACUGCAGCAGCGUGUCAGGAGAGUGUGGAGGGUGCUGUGAGGAUUGCGCCUGAAGCAGCGCGCGACACCCUCCCCUCAUCGAGGCUGCGGAGCUUUGUGGUCCGCCUCUCCUCCCUUCCACGAGUAAGCAAAGUCAAUUGUGGUUUCGAGGUCACGCGACUGGCAGUGCAUCCGACAAAUGAGGCAGUGUUCACAGCAAGCAAUCAGCAGAUGUGUGUGGUGUUUGGCCUCUCGACUUUGGGCCAGGUCUGUGGACGGUUGCUUAUCAACCCGCUAAUAGAAAGCAAAGAUGAAUUCGUGAUUAAGCCAAUCUGGUUGCCGGGGUCGUCGCGGUUCAUUGCACUGCUGACCACGAAAUCGGUGCAGAUCUUCGAUAUCUUCACCAAUUCGCCCAAACUGCUCUACUACUUCAAGCCGGUGGAGGGCAACUUCGUUGAUGCCACCUUCAUCCACGCUCCAAGGCGGCGCAAGGGGGUCACCAGCAGCAGGAAUCCAACCGAAUCCACUAUUGACAAGUACCAUUUCUCUGACGUCAUUCUGGUUGUUAUGGCCACGUUUGGUUCCAUGAUGCUACAGCGCCUACUGCUCACUACACGCGUGAGCCAGGGCCACUUCUACCUGGCAGAGAGCCUCGAUUGGGAGAGUGCCGGUCUGUGUGAACUCGCUGACACGGGGGCCAGCGCACUGUCACUCGAUUCGCUGCGCAAUUCCAGUACCGGCACCAUGGCCGAGGGAGGAGCCAGUGUCUUCUACGCUCCCAGUCUUCACCUCCUCUUGCACUCCUACAACUCCGGUCACACUUUUGCUACUGCUGUCGACUUUUCGGACGAUGGAACAGUAAGGGUGAACCACUCAUUCCUCCUCACUGGAGCCAAGGCCUCUUCUAGCUCUGGCUCCACUCCAGCCUCAUCGUCACUGCCGCAACCGAAGGACCAGACGAAUAAUGCAACCUGGAGCGGUCCGCUGCAUGAUUGGGCGGAGGUGGUCAAUCACUCGGGCGUCCUCACAGCCACAGCAACUGAAACCACCACCACAGGUAGUGGGACCCAUAGCUUACGUCGUAAUCUAAUGAUCGCGGUGGAACCGGACACAGUUUGGAUACAACCACUGCCUCUGGAGGCCCAAAAGCCCCUCUCCAAAUCAACGGAUGAGGCAAAUGCGCCCGUCUCCGUUGCUUCUUCGAAGCCUGAGGGCAACGUUGGAGGUGAAAGCUCGGCCCCCUCACUUGUAGCCGCCUCUGUAACACGAUACUGGAGCGGCAAUCAAAGCCAUGAGCCCCGCCUCUUUACCCUUCAAAUCUCACGAAGUAGUUCCGUUCAAGUGCUUGUCGGCCCUCCUGAAUCUCGAAUAAUUGACACAACUCCGAAUGAUUCAUCUUCCCCCAGCCAAGCAGAGAAAAUCACUUUUGCCUCUAAACACAACCUCCUUCCCACACUGCCUGGUCAGUUCUGGCUGCAACCGGCCCUGCUGUACCGGGAGCCACAGUCAAACUUCAAAGCCAAGACUCCGAAGAUCCCGAUGCUGUUGGAAGAUCUCCUUCUUUGGGACGUCUCCACCAAUAGUAUGGCCUCCACUUUCCUCAAACCCGAGGCUGCGACCAUUCGCGACUUCGCCAGUUACGCAUUGAGCGCUCUGCCUGCAUUGAGAAUCAUUUUGGAAAAAAGUGAAACUGGUCCUCAGCCACCCUUCUGUGAUUUUCAUGAGUGGGCCUCGAUUAGCGAAAAUGUGAACUUCUACAGCCGUGACCUCAUGAGCAUCUACAACCACGAGACCCUGAAUCAGCGCCUAAAGCGAGAGGGUAUGCCGGUGACUUUUUCGGGUCGCAGUCUUGCUUCCCCCCCGCAGGGCGUCAAACCGAACGGUGUCGCUUUCGUGAUCGAUAUUGAGGUCACAAGGCCCACGCAGGAGGUAAUCGUGGGUCUGCGGGUAGAGCUGACCGAUACGUGUCGCCCGCAAUUCCUCUCGGUCUGCAACCGUGUCUUCAGUCUUGACUCAGAUAAGAAAAGCAGCAAGAAGAGACAGUUGAUGUUUGUGGAUUUGUCUCUCAAGUUGUCGGAAAUACUACAGGUGGGUUCCGAGGAAAACCCAACAAAGGAAUUGGAACCAAUUCGGUUGUAUGUUGGGCAAAGCCAGCACUCGGACACGCUUACCAGCAUCGAUCGUAUUCUUGUCUACACUGUGCCUCGGUCGCUUAUCGACCCCUCUCUCCUAGUCUCCCAUGAUAGCGUCAACACUCAGAACCAGCAAGCCGUCAACAUGCAGGAACUGAUGCUGCGUUUAAGCAACAAGGAGGCUCGAGUCGCUCGCUACAAUACCUCCCUGGUGAAGUGGUUUGACCGUCUGAUGAUGUCGGGCUUUGUGACGAGCAUCGCGACUCCACUGACCCAGGCCAGAGAGGGUCUCUGUGAAUUCACCACACCGCUAUACGAUAAUGUGGGAGAUCUCGGCUCUUGUGUAGUAGCCACUAUCACUGACUUCUUCCAGUCGGCAAUCGUUGUUGCUCAGGAACCCACAAAGUUCAGUCUUGAAGAACUCCAACCCUUCCUUACUCCUGCAUUGACCAAAUUCCUUUUGGAGGCAUUCGUGCAUCCUAAUAGCACCACUAUGUGCACCGUCACCGACCUCAUCCGCCUCCACGCCUCUUGUGGUAACGAAGACUCCACUGCCUCUCUCAUCGCCCCUCGCACCAUUCUUGGCUCUCUCAUCUCGGAUUUUCUCAAAGUUUUCACCUCUUCCGCUACUACCCCUUCGCGCCUCUUCGCCUCUACUUCUUGCCUUGCCCAAUUCUCCCGUGUCUGGCAGCUGGCUCACGAGUACGGUGGCGGAGUAAACGCAAGUGCCUCGAAUGACCUCACUAUCCAACUUUUCACUGCUCUACAGGAACACCUCUUAUUCUCAGAAGAGGAAGUACUGCUUCCAAAUAUGUUUACGCAGCUGAAUAGUCUCUGGGUAAAACUGCUUCAGGACCUCUUGAAAGUGGCCGUUUUUGUGUUGGCAGAGUCGUGCUGCGACAACUCUUCUACGCCCUCCUCGUCGGUCCCUGUGUUGGGUGACCUCAUUGUUCGUCUUUUGACUCAUAAGCAGUCCCAAAUUGCUUGCAACACGAGAGACCUCCUCUGCAGCACCCUGGUCUGUCUGUUUACUGGCAACUGUCGAAUUGCCAAGCAUCUCUUUUACUAUUCUCCCUUCCCCUCACGCUCGGGUCCAUCUUUAUCUUCCCAACCUCCAAAAACUUCUGCAUCUAGUGAGAAGAAGGAGGAAGAAGAGAACUCCCGAAAAGGCUCGACUAACAACGUUAAUGAUGACGACGAUGUUGGUACUCUCGGUGGUAAUGAAGGCAGUGGUGGUUCAAAAAACACUACCUCGAUCAGCACCUUCCGUUUACGGCGCAUCCGCUGUCCCCGCGUUGUGCCGAAAAGGCAGAGCAAUCUCGGUUCCUCCCCUUUUGUCACCUCUUCCGUCAACAAUAGCGAGAACAGCGCUGGUGAUGGUGGUGGUGAGGUGGACGACGGAAACAUAGAAGAGAUCGGUCGAACUCUCAAUGAGAUGCUCCAGUUCAUCGCGUCAGCGACAAACAUCUUAGGGAAUGAUGCCGAUGAUGAUGAGGAAGAGGAAGAUAACCAGGGAGGUGCCGGAAGCACGGACGAAUCACUGCGCCACAGGUGGGAUGGUGCACUUUCCCGCUACCAGUCGUUGCGAGAGGCUGUGGACGAAAUAAGGCGCAGCUUUGGGUCGCGCCGAAGGGGUAGACCGUCAGCGACCGUCGUACUUGGUGCUAAUGAUCCGAUUCGUUUCAUGGACGAGUUAAGUGAAUUCGAGGAAGAUAUUCAGCAUCAGCAUGACGAGGUAGGUAAUAGUCAAGAUGGAUACGAAGCUGAUUCGGCGCGUAAAUAUGGGUUGUUUGAUGAUGACGAUGGCACAGAGGGAAACAGAGCCAAUGAAAACGAGGGUAACGUUGAAAAUGCAGGUGGCGAGGAGGUGGUGGAGACUACUGAAGAAGAUAACGAUGAAGGUGAUGGUGAUGACGAUAACGAUGAUGAUGAUGAAUGCACUGAGGGUAACGGUGAAGGUAAGAGUGGCAACAGCGAGGGUGAAAUCGAGCCUACUCAAGCUGCUGACGACGGUGACGAUGAGCAUACCGCAGACAUGGCUAGAGACAUUUUCCAAUACGUGGUAGACUUGCUCUCCACUCAUCCUGCGGACUCGAAAGCAGCGGGCAACUCGGUUCAGGAGACAGUGGAUGCACCACAGUCAUCCGGCACGUCGCGGCCUCAUGUCAUCUCCCGUGAUAACGAAGGUGGCGGUGGAAGUAGCUCCAGUGGAAAUGAUACGUUGUCCCACGAGUCGGGUCUCUUUGAUACUGCUUUUCUGGAACAUAUCGAUGAGGACGUGAUCCUUAAUCUAGCCCUUCAACGAAGCAUUCGCGAUCAGGGCGGUCCAGGCACUGCCGCUUUGCUGGAAGAGCAGGCGGCUCAAUUCCGAGUUUCUCCGCAGGCCACAGAUGAAUCACCACUAACAACCCUGGCAACGACGAAUGCCUCAAAUUCAACGGAUGCCGUAGCGACUCCGGCAGCUAAAUCAACGGUUUGGACCCAAGUUCUUCCGUCAAACAGCACCGAAAAUGAAGUUGGCCGAAAGACUAGCAAGGAGUCAUUAGGCAGCCCGCUCUCCGAGGGUCUGCUGCUUGACCUCUUCGAAGACAUGGAUGUCCCUCCUGCCGUCCUCCCCAGCACUCCUACCAGUUCUUGCGCGAGUUGGAGCUUCUCUUCCCACAUGGGUUCCUCGAGCUACAACGGCGACGACGAUGGAAGCGAUAAGAAUGAUAAGGACGACGGUAGUAGUGAUGGGGAAGAUGAUGGCGGUGAUGGUGGUGGUGGCUCUACUCCACCUUCAAGUCCACCACCUGACCCUCCAAGUGGUACCUGGAGCUUCCUACCACGCGAUCGGCAGAGUCUAUCAGCGGCCCGGGCCUGCAUUGCUCUCACACGCCACCUCGUGACUGUGUGGGCGAGGGUGGUAGAUGUGGGUGACGGAGAGGAGGCGGUAGCAGAGUCGGAAGAUAGCAAACGACUGAUGCCUCUGAUGCAGACCACCUUCACGCUUUGCAGACUGCUGGAGGCUAUCGCGCAGUGCUCGGGACUACCGGAGCCUGAGGAAGAUUUGAAGGAAACGGCUGAUGCAGCAAGGACCACUUUGGCAGAUCUUGUGACAACGCUAACAAACAGCCUCCUUCGCCUUCACCAUCACUACCAACAGCCUGAAACCUCACGAACUACCCCGUUGAAACCCACGCUACGCUCCGAGCGUCUUCUCCUUGUGAUCAGCCUACUGUCUCACGUUCUCUGCGUCUCGUCUGCGUCGGCUGCUGUUGACAAUGACAAGAACCAUGAAGAUGGCGGCAGCGGUGGAAGCGAGGAGCACAUUACAGCCUCACCCACUGCCCUCCUAGUUGGUAAGACGGUCCUCAGUGGACUUGCUGGUCUUGACUCGAGCGAAAGUUUCUUCUCCAAGUGCAUGGACGCCUGUUUGGGCAUCGUUGAGGGCCUCUCAGCGAAGUGGGAGAAGAGUCAUAACUGGCACUUUGGUGAGAACAUGUCCUCCAGCGCUUUAGUCACCACCACAUCAGGCCGCCGAGGCUAUCGCACUAGCGGUACGUUUAAUCUACCCCACCUCACAGCUGGCCUUCUUCAAUGCGCUCGCGGUAUCAACUUCUCCAGCCUCACCAACGGCUUUGGCGCGGGACUGACCAACUGUGCACCUAUCCUGGAUGCUCAAGCCUCUUUGGUGCACCUUCACGCUCCGCUUCACGUCGACUUCGAUCUUCAACUCACCGAGGCCGCUGUCCGACUAGCCAUUGCUCUCUUCACUUGUGUCCGCACUGGAGGGGCGAAGAGGGAGAGCAGUGGUGAAUACGAGGAAAUAAAAAAGAGGUGGUGCGCAGUGGUGUACAACCUCCUGGAGUCCCUCACUUCUGAGUCUUCCUCUUUCACCGACUCAGUAUCCACAACAGCAACAGCCACUUCCUCCUCAAAAAUUGACUCAAGUGUGUCAAUCAUUGGUCGGCUGGUGGGACUCAUGCGUUCACUGCUGAUAUACCUGGUGGGGCAGAAGCAUUACCGUCAGUUGAAAGAUAUCCAUCUUUUGAGCCAGGCGCUUAUUCGAAUGCGUGGCGUGUACAAGACGAGCAUGGAGCAGGAGGACAACGCCUAUACUGCCCUUUCCUACCUGCUUCCUCUUUCUUAUCCUAGCGAGUGUCUCAUGCUCAAUUGCAUCAACACGUGUCUUGAUGUCGCACUCUCUGACCGUUCCUCGUGGCAACGCCUGUGCAUUAGGAAAUCGGACGACCUGGUCUUCAUGCUGGAAGCGAGUCUUCGUGUUCGCGAUGUCCUGGCGCUUGGUCUCUUGACUCUGGUCCUUGUGGCCAUCCUUCCGGACGCCAAGCAGGCCAAAUUGGGCAUGACCACUUUCCGUGGGGGGUCUUCGUCAUCAGCUACGAAAACAGCGGCGACGGCGACAAGUGGAUGCCCUGCCACCACCAGCUACGCCACCAAGCUCGUUAAUAUGUUGAGUCGCCUACUCGUACCCGAUGGUGAGGGUAGGAUCAAGGAUCCUUCCGCCUUCCUCCUCAAUUUUGUCCGUGGUAACAUCUGUUGCCGUGCGGAUCAGCGGAUUCGUUGCACGGCCUCUCUCAUCAUCACCGCUCUCGCUUGGUACAGUGAAAACGACUCGUUUUCCACGCUCCUGCUGCAGCAUCUGCCCAAGUUGUGGUCAGAGCUGCCCAGUUUUGCACUCUACGGCGACGAAUUAGCUCUUCUCUCCAUCUUUCUCUUCAAACGCCACCCAAAUUGGUCAGGCACCACGCCCUUCUGUAACCAACUCUUGGAGCUUCUUCUCUCCCAAAUCAACUCCGUCGCGGAGCACCCACUGCGCGAUAUCUACAAAGCUGUUCUUAAAUGUCACAGUGUGUCUGGAUUUGUCUCCAGUAUCGCGCACCACACCGAUGACCCACCGUUCGCUGGACUCCACUUGCCGCCCAAUUUCAUCUCCACCGUCAUACCCACCUACUUACCGGGAUUGGUCAGCUCAAAUCUAAUUGGCUGUCCCUUCGAUUCUGAGCCCUGUCUCCUUUGCAACCGCUCCCUGCUAUCUCUCCCUUAUGUCCUUUUCCAGUGGAACUCCUCCACACCCUCCAGACGACGUGGAAACACCUCCACCUCUUCUGGCGGCGGUGGUGCCCAGGGCAGCACAAGUGGUGCCGCAGGAAGUGCUGUUACCAGCAUCUAUCCCAUGCCCACUUACAGCACAGACAGUAGACUUACCAACACCCCCCAUUUAGCAACGUAUACUCAAGCUUCUGUGUCUACAGCCGCCGUUAACGCUUCGGUGGGCACCGCGACGCCUAUUCAGCCCACUCCCACCACUACAGCCGCUCCCCCAGUGAUUGAACUUGAGCCACCGACCUGGGUUUCCCCCAAUGUGCACAUCUUCUCCCUUCUCGAUACGUGGGAGAUUGCUAGCAUUGGUGUGCGUUUCAUGGCUCCCGCGCCUGGACUGCGCAACGUUCGCACCCUCAACAUUUUCACUUCAGACGCUUUUGAGUGCCCACCCUCGCGUCUCAUGCGGGCACGGCAUCUGUGGCGCAGACUAGUGCAAGUUGACAUUCCUCCCACUAAGUACAAUGUGCUGAUUCAUCUUGCUGCAGAGGCGGACAUUGUCCUACCGGUUACACAGGAUCCCCCACCCGAUGCCUCCAGUACUGUGGAGGUUCGACUCUCUGAAGGUCUUCCACUCACUGCCAAUAGUCUUAUCUUCCACUACGCUGCAUUCCACGGAUCGGAGGAAGGAGGAGAGGAGGGUGAUGGAGAUACUGAGGGUGGCGGUGAAAGGCGUAGUAGGCGACGGCGCUGCUGUCGUUGCAAUGUUACCAUCCUCCAGGGUUCCACGUGUCAACACUGUAAGCAGAAUGGGAACCAGUGCUCUCGCUGCCUCUUCAUCAAUCUCAGUGAUGAGGAGGUCUUCCUCUGUACUAAGUGCGGCUCCUCCAAUUACAAUUUUAUGAACUUCUCCAUGCUUGCGCGACCCAAUUUAUUCCACGUGAGUCGUCUGCGUGAUGAGGAGGAUCGCCGUGUGGCGCUUUCACGGAUCGUAGGUCUAACGGAGGAGUUGAACACCCAACUUGCGGCCCUGGGACUUGCGCAAAAACAUCUUUUCGGCUCUAUCACUGUGGGACAUCCUCCAUUGCCAUACACUCCAGAAGUCUUGGUGCCGUUGUUCUGGCCCAGGGACUGUGUUAUCAAAAGCGUGUCGGAAGCAGAGCGUGUGCAGCAGGCGGCUUUUCCACUGGUCUGCCGACUGUGGGCUUUGCGUCAGGCAGUCUCCAUUUAUGACGGUCGAUGUGCCGCUAACUCGAUGGAAGUCACUGGCGCUGACACUGCCAUUACCACUGCUGUUAGCAGCCGUGGUGGUGAUGAUCGGUGUCUGCGCUGUGUAGAGGCUGCCAUCUGUCUGAUUACCAACAUGGCGAGCACCUUCACACCCUCCGUCUUCUCUGUGGAGGCUCGAAAGGAGUGCAUUAGUAGGGGCCUACCACUGGCACACAGUCUCAGCCCUGUGGUACAAAUGCGGCUGGUCGGAUUUCUAAAUCACAUUACCUCCAACUCGAUUGCAUUGAUUAAUCAUCUUGGCGACAACAUUGUUGAGCGCCUGUUGGCACUGUCAGAAUGCGAAAAAGAAAUGUUCGAGUUUGAGCGUUCCAGCUACUUCAACAUCGUAUCAUUGGGAAGGGGCGUGAAGUCCAUCAUCGCUCUAACUCCUCCCUGUGGCGUAGACGCUGACUACUUUUGUCAGGAGGCGCGUCUGCGUACCGUCUUUCGUCUCCUCCUCGGACUGACGCGGCGACAGCAGGAGAAAUUGAUGAAUGGGGAGACAGAGGUGGCAGCACCUCCCGUUGCAGUGAUGGAAUCCAUCCUCGUCGAGUGUAUCCGAUUCCUCUGUGACCUCUUCAUCCUCCCGGAUAAUGUGAAGAAUUGGUGGUGGGAAAGGGGAGUCGCCGACUUUCGUCCUCCCCGGGUCAACUUCGAGGCCUGGAUGCGCGGCGAUGAGGCUGCGUCUUUCUCGACCUGGAGAGAGCACUACCAACUGGCAGUUGAGAUGGCGAAGACUGAAGAACGCGUGAGGAGGCACAUCACCUCCACCGCCCCUCGCGAACUCGCCCUGAGUGCUCGCUUCGCCCUCCGCUGGCUGCGCAAGACGGCGCAAGCCAAACUUCCUCCCUUGCCUGGUCACUGCGAGUCAGCCGCCAAUCCCGGUGGCUGGUUAUCACCCAUUCUCUUUCAUUCUUUCGCUUCGCGUCAAUAUAUGUCACAUCAGGACUCGGGUCUCAACCUCCUGACCAAUCUCUGCCUUGAUACUGCCAGUACCUCAUCGAACCGCUCGGCGGAGUGCCUUUGUUACCUAGCUUCGCAAUAUGUACCCUACCUUGAUCACCUGGUGCGCGCUAAUCGGGGCUCAGGCCUGACUGACGAAGCAUUACGCGUCAACCCACUGGUGAUGUUCAUGUGGGACCUGACCUCGGGCAACACGAUCAAAGGAACGGCUGUGAUGAAACGGACCCUGCGCAGCUGCUCCGCUUUUGUGUCUCAGAGCAGCACCACUACGACUGCAUCCACAACUGCACCGACGAUUGCACUGGGGUCGAUGACGCCUCUUCUCAUGCGUCCGCUGUUGCUGUACAGGGGAAAGCUGUUGGACCACGUGGAGACGCUGCUGCAACGAACUCUCACCACCCUCUCCGCUAUCGAGGGUGUGGGCGGUGGCAACAGACCGUCGCUACCGGCGCUACGUAACUGGACCGACUGCCUUCCUCCCCAACUCGCUCCUGUCAGUGGAAGUAGUGCCGCACCCGGUGCCAACCCCGGCUACACCUUGAUGCACAUCGCAGACCUUUUGGCCAUCCUCCAACCUCUGAACGACUUGGCACUAGAGCAUCAAGAUCGCCUCUACUCCUACUUCCUCCAUGCCAUUGUCAGUCUACAGUCUCUGGUCUACCAACGCACCAUCUACACCGUGAAGGCAGAGCUCCUCUUCAAGGAGAUGCUACAACAGCUUAUGCAGAACGCUUCGUCACGCGCUCCCGACCUCAUUCGCAUCACCAUGGACUACCUCGUCCAGUGUCCUGUGCAAACAGACGACCAGAGUUCCGCCGUCUUUCUGUUGAAGCGCAUCUGCGCCUGCGCUUGCCCCCUUCCCACGGAGGUUGCACCCUUCCCAGUGCGCAUCUCUGUGUGGCGGGAUCAGGAGGAAUAUCUCUUUGUGCGACGUGUGCGUGAGGUGGUUAUGUCCAACACCCGCGGUUUCGGUCCCACUAUCUCCGAUGUGAUUAACUACAUCUGCGCGGAAAACAAUCUGACCACAGAUAUGCGACUGGAAGUGGUCUGCGAGAAUUCCAUCCUUAUGCCGCAGUUGCUGCUGGAGAAUGUCUACAAGUACCUCUGGCUCCAGAAUCCCACUAAUGCAAAUAAAGCAAUGGAGCUGAUCUACCGAAUCCCGGGACUGGAGGCGGACAAUCUGCCCUACGUCUCGCGCCUACCCCAUCCUAACAUCCCCGAGGAGCAGUAUUCCAGACUGGUCGUGCUCACGGAGCACCCACAGGGCCUGGCGGUCAUUCUCAAUCGGCUGGACGUGGUGAAGGAUGCUCUGAAGUGUCGCGACCUCCUUCACGUCAGUGUGCAUCUGUUGGAGUACUGUCUUAAGGUGCCGCAGUGUCAGUCCUGUCUCGUCGAUCCGCAGUAUCGCGCAAUCCCCAUCCUCCUGGACGCCCUCUACGCCUGUUUACAGGUGAUGCAUCAGUCAACGAGCGACUUCCACGACCAGGUGACCUCUCGUCUCGUGGGUAUACUCACUACCUUGCUUCACAGUGCAGCCACCACCGCCUCCGAUGCCGACUCCCUUGGCCUGUCCCGUCUUCUGUCCUGUCUCGCCCUCCAUCCGGAUCUUGAGGUGGUCCAAUCCGGUGUCGCGCAAUUGCCGGGCCUUCUAGCCUUCGGUGCGGAGCCUCGCAUGACUGCCAUUGUCGAUUUCCUCCGCCAACACAUUGUCGAGCCCCUGUUGAUGUCACCUCAGGAAUCAGAUGGUAAAGCAAAAAGCAACACUAAAACCGACCUACUGCAGUGUUGCUGCGCCCUUGUAACCGCCAUCCCCUUCAACACGCUACAUGGACGGCGUCUACGUGCCCGGGUGGUCAGUGAUCUUGCUCUACUGGAGUUGUGCGUGGCGUACUUGUGGAGGAUGAUUCCGGCAGUGUUGGAUCAGUCGGAAGAGACCACGUUGGACACCAAGAGCCCCGCUCUAUCCGCCUUUCUGUACGACGACUCCCUGCCCUUCGUGUUGCAACUCCUUCGCGGCUGUGUGUGGGCGGUGUCCAACCCGGACGAGGAUCCGCCUACCCCACCCUUUCCAGAUGCUCCUGAAGGCCACACCACGCGACAGCUGCUGGCCUUCCUGCACAAAUUGGAGGACUCCAAGUCUGUCGGCCGUGUGGGUCUGCUGACCGAGGAUCUACUCAACGAGUGGGUGGCUGCUGGCAGUAUUGAGGGCAGUACCACACCUGCCUCCAGCGUUGAUCUCACCACAAUUCCGGGAGUGGUGGCCACAGUGCGGGAACUGAGAACCCUUUCAGAGCAGCGCCAUCGACGCAAUGCGAGGGAAUGUAGGGAGAAGUACCUGCUUUCACUCAACAUGAAGGUCAAUGAGAAGGGACAGGUCGCCAUGACAACAGCGAGCAAAUUGGCGGAGAUGGCAGCCCAGGUGGUGGAGGAGACGGGCCUGCAAUGUGCCAUCUGCCACGAAGGUCCGCGUUCAUCGCCACGCGAAGAAUUGGGCAUCUACGUUUUCAUUCGACGUCGUAAACUGGAGGAGUCGCUCGCAGACGCCGGCUCUGCAUCCACGGCCUCCGUGGCUUCCACACAGGCAGCAGUGUCGUCCGCCGAUACCAGCGCCGACUCGGAAGGCUACACCACCGUCUCCAGUUUCGUGGUCGUGCACUUUGAAUGCCACGCGAGGGCCGUACAGGCAUCGAAUCUGAGCGAGUGGAGUGUCGCCACCAGACACAAUCGGGAUGCUAGGUGCAACUGCCUUUUGCCCGUCCUCAUGAACGAGGUCGCGCCCGACGCCGCCAGCAAGGACGACAAGAAAGACGAAAAGGCGGAGAAGGGAGGAGGUGGAGGGGAAGCGGGAAGCAGUGAGAGCAUGGAUGAUCUCUACGCCAAACGGGUCUCCACCUAUGCCAUCGGUGUAACGAUGCAAAUCUCCCUGCAAGUGUCGACACGCCUGGCGCUGCACGACAUUAAGCUGCUGCUAUUGCGUUUCGCACACAAACGCUCCUUCCACGGCGAGACGGGUGGUGGUGCAGCGGAGAGUAACCUCAACCUCAUUCCCCACCUCAUGCAGGCAUUUGGCCUUCUUCCAGAUGAAGAAGGAACAGGCCAUGGAGCCGCAGCGAGCCAACCUGAUGUUUGGAGCAACGCGUGCUGGGAGGUGACAGGUCCACUGUACAGCGCAGUGGUGGCGCUCCACCUACUGUCACGAGGAGAGUGGGACCAGCACCGUGUCUCUCUGCUGCGUCACCUCAUGGCUCUUGCGCACGCUCGCGCAACCGACGGAGUCGCCGCCACGGAGUCCCCCGCCUUCACUAUCUACAAGCCCUACCUCCUUUUCUUCGGUCUCAUUCAGGCCUUCUACGAGUACUUCUUCAAGACCGUCAAGGCGCCAACCGAUCAGGGAGCACACGGUUGCUGGUGGCCAGAGGCGGUGUCACGGUACAUUCGCAGUUCGGACGAGCAGUUGCUCGCGGCGACGCCGGAGUUGCUGAGUUUCUUCGAGAAUGACCUCUCGCCUAUCGAAUCGGUGGAGGAGUUCCUCGAUGUAGUGGGAAUGCUUGGCGAGGUGGACGCCCAGGAGCUAAUCCAACUGGCCACUACGGGAUCCCGAUAG